UCAAUCAAUUAUACUACUCAAGGUAAAGGUUCAGAUUGACCUAAUUGAACUAAGUUUUUCGGUGCUCGUGAAUUUAGAAAUGAGUUAUUAUUUUUUUACAUUAUAUUUCGAACCAUUCAAGGAAAGAAGAUCCCUUCAAUAGUUCAAAUCCCACACAGUCGGUGGUACUUGCUCCUUCAGCUUUUCUCCUUCUUCAACUCUCCCCUUUCGUCUCUUCUUCCUUUCUUAGCUGUUCCUCAAAAUCUCAACUAAUCACCUCCAUGAAUUGAUAUUACCCAUUACCCAUUACUCCUUUAUUCUUCUUCUCCAUGUUUCUCCCAUUUUCUUCCCCAUCUUUUCGAUUCCUCAUCUUCAUCGCUUACUUGAAUUGAAGGUGGGGGGGAGAAUUGGAGAUAGCUAUUGUAUUCAGGGAAAUAGCAAGUAUUUAGUUAGAUCUUUCGAGUGUUCCUCAGCGGAGGGUGUACAUACUUUGUAUAGAGAGAAGGGAGACGAGACAUGGGGAUAGACAAUAUCUCAGCUCAGAAGAGAACCGGCAGUGGAGGGAAUGGUUUACCCACCACUGCCGCCACCGCGAACGGCAGGAGAAGUCGUGGGUUCCCUGGAAUUCCCCGUGGCCGUCAGAUCCAGAAGACUUUCAACAAUAUUAAGAUCACCAUAUUGUGUGGAUUCGUCACCAUCCUUGUUCUUCGUGGUACAAUCGGUAUUGGCAACCUUGGUAGCUCCGAGGCUGACGCUGUGAACCAGAAUAUUAUUGAAGAAACCAACCGGAUCCUUGCCGAGAUUCGAUCUGACAGCGACCCCAACGACCCGGAUGAUCCUGCUGAGACCCAAAUCAACCCCAAUGUCACUUACACGCUCGGACCCAAGAUUGUUAACUGGAAUCAGGAACGAAAGGUUUGGCUCGAUCAAAACCCAGAAUUUCCGAAUUAUGUCAUAAAAAAGGCUAGGAUCUUGCUUGUUACUGGUUCUCCCCCAAAACCCUGUGACAACCCAAUUGGGGAUCAUUAUUUGUUGAAGGCAAUCAAGAAUAAAAUUGACUAUUGCAGGCUUCAUGGGAUUGAGAUUAUAUACAAUAUAGCUCAUUUAGAUAAGGAACUUGCUGGGUAUUGGGCCAAGUUGCCGUUGAUCCGGCGAUUGAUGUUGUCCCACCCUGAGGUUGAGUGGAUUUGGUGGAUGGAUAGUGAUGCGUUGUUUACUGAUAUGGUAUUUGAGAUUCCCCUGGAAAAAUAUGAUAACUAUAAUUUGGUUGUUCAUGGUUACCCUGAUUUGAUGUUCAAUCAAAAGUCCUGGAUUGCACUCAACACAGGAAGCUUUUUGUUUAGGAAUUGUCAGUGGUCUUUGGAUUUACUGGAUGCUUGGGCUCCAAUGGGACCAAAGGGUCCUAUUCGAGAAGAGGCCGGGAAGAUUUUGACUGCAAACUUGAAGGGAAGGCCAGCAUUUGAAGCUGAUGAUCAGUCAGCUUUGAUAUAUUUAUUGCUUUCUCAGAAAGAUCAAUGGAUGGAUAAGGUGUUUCUUGAGAAUUCAUACUAUUUGCAUGGUUACUGGGCUGGCUUAGUCGAUAGGUAUGAGGAAAUGGUUGAGAAAUAUCACCCAGGGUUAGGCGACGAAAGGUGGCCAUUCGUGACGCAUUUUGUCGGUUGCAAACCUUGUGGUAGCUAUGGAGACUAUCCAGUAGAAAGGUGUUUGAGUAGCAUGGAGAGGGCUUUCAAUUUUGCUGACAACCAAGUUCUCAAACUGUAUGGAUUUCGCCAUAGGGGCCUUUUAAGCCCCAAAAUCAAGCGAAUCAGGAAUGAGACAGCCACUCCAUUGGAGUCAGUUGAUCAAAACGAUAUUCGGCGGCACGUUCUGCAUCAAACCAAUGGACCUCCUACCAAAUGAGCAAACCACAUCCUUGUGUGAUCUGUCUGUAGGUGUUGUUGUUAUACGUGAAUUCAUAGCAGAUAAAGGCUGGUAAUAUUUCAUACCCUUGUCCGUCUUGCUUCCUUUUCUUGUCAUUCUGAUACUGCUUUUGAGAAAGAUAGAGUGGAAUUCUUUCAUUAACUUUAAAAGAGAUAGUGUUUCAGUAAUUGAGUAUAGGUACUUUGUUUACUGCUCUUUUUGUUUUGAUCUUCUUUUGAGGAGUUGCUAUGUAUUUAGACUUUGCUCAUAUUGAUAUCAAUGUUGUGCAUUCAAAUUUAGACCAUAACUUUGAUGAACUGCCAAAAGUUGGUCUCCAUGUUUCAGUUUCGAAGGAAAUAAGAGGGAGAACUCUUUGAUCACAUGGUUUGGAUAAUUCAAGUGCUAAUGAAAACAUUUCUGAUCUUAGGUA